CUCUCCACGCUGGCCAGUGUGCGUCCAGCCGUGCAGCCGAGAGCAUAGCGUGUGUGCAGGCCCGCCGCCAGCGUGACCCAGUGCGUCGACGAGCGAACCGGACUGCAGCAGACUUGCUAGACGACGGAGAGGCUUCGCAGGUCCGACCGACGGCUUGACCAUGACGCUCGUCCAGCCCAACCCCGAGAUGCAGCUGCGGAUCCGCUCCGAGCUCAACGAGGACGUGUCCACCCGGGACGACGACCUGCAGCACAUCAAGGAGUGGCUGACGCGUCAGCCCCAUCUGCCCAAGUUCGACGAUGACAGCCGCAUCAUGACGUUCCUCCGUGGCUGCAAGUUCUCCCGCGAGAAGUGCAAGCGCAAGCUGGACAUGUACUUCACCAUGCGCACCGCCGCCCCCGAGUUCUUCGCCAACCGCGACCCCACCUCGCCCGAGAUCAAGGACGUCAUGCGGCUCGCGUACCUGCCGCCGCUGCCCGGCGUCACCCCGGACGGCCGGCGCGUCUGCAUCUUCCGCGCCGCCACCAACAACGUCGAGGAGUUCGACCUGCCCUCCGUGCACAACGGCAUGAAGGUGGUCAUGAUGAUCGGCGACAUCCGGCUCAAGGAGGAGUCGACGGGCGUCGCCGGCGACGUCUACAUCUUGGACGCCGCCAUCGCCACGCCGGCCAACUUCGCGGCGCACUUCUCCAAGUUCACGCCCGCGCUGGUCAAGAAGUUCUUCGUGUGCGUGCAGGAGGGCUACCCCGUCAAGGUGAAGGAGGUGCACGUCGUGAACGCGUCGCCGCUCGUCGACACCAUCAUCAACUUCGUCAAGCCUUUCAUCAAGGAGAAGAUCCGCAACCGAAUCCACGUCCACAGCGACGGCUUCGAGACCCUGUACAAGUACGUUCCCAAGGAGAUGCUGCCCGAAGAGUACGGCGGCAACGCUGGACCCGUUUCCAAGAUCAACGAGGACUGGAUCAAGAAGAUGGAGAGCUACAAGGAGUGGUUCGCCGAGCAGGAGAACGUCAAGGCGGACGAGUCCAAGAGGCCGGGCAAGCCCAAGACCCACGACGACCUCUUCGGCAUGGAGGGCUCCUUCCGGCAGCUCAGCAUCGACUAGGGUGGACCAGGGGAGCUCGGCGUGCUACGUGCUUCGCGUCGGCCCGGCUCGGGUCCGGCACCCGGAGUGCCGCGUCGUCGGCCGAAGCCCAGCGGCAACCAAAGAGUCGCCUGCCCCAGAGCCUGCCCCCUCGGCGCCCUCGCCCUCGCGGCCUCGGGGGAGUCGCAGGGGUCGGGGCUUUCGGGGCGGGCCUUCCCCUCUCCCCAGCCCCCGGCCAUGGCCCCGGCCCUCCCCUGCGGGCUUCAGGGAAGCUGCCUGCCCUGCCUGCGCGCACGUGACAGCGUGACACCAUGACACCGUCACACGGUCCGUCACCCAAUCGCACCAUCCCCGUCUCGUCUCGUCUCCCCGCCACCACCCGUCCACCCAACAGACUGACUGCAAGCGGCGCGGUGCGCUGCGGUCGCCUCGCACUGGUCGCGCCCAGAUCCAAUUUGUGAUAUCAGCAGGGUGCGUUGGCUGACUUAUAGGAAUUUCUUUGUUUUUAUGUUUUAUUGUUGUUAUUGUCAUCGGCGGUCUCGUGGUUUGGAGGAGUCAUUUCGGUGCGCCCGUGCGUCCUCGAACGAUGAUGGUGGUCGAAACGAAAUGCUCACCCCGGAUUCACUUGAAGAAAAUCAGCUCAUUUACGAUGUGUUAUUCUGUCGCUCUCUCUUUUUUGCACCUAGAAAUAUCUACUGUUUCACAGUUUCUAUUUUGUUAUCAAAGUGAUAUUUUUCUACCAAACUGUAUGACCUCUGGCAUGUUUAAUAAAAUAUCAUUCACCAAA